AUGAACACACAACCACCAGCUCCUGAUACUAGGGCCUCUCUCUAUCGACUUUCCUCCAACUCUACUAGCGAUGUUCCUCAAUCCGACCGCAUAAUAGAACCAUCACUUCACGGCACCGACUCGAACAGUGAUGAUGAUGCUUUGACUGUUGGAAGGCGUUCUCGCAUCAACAGUAUGACGAACUUUGAAUUUAUCGAAGCCAUAGCCUCUUCUCCAGUUCCUAGGUCACCCAUGUCUUUACAAUGCUGUUGUGGAAGAGAGGACUGUAAUAGCUUACAAUUGUUCUACAGAAGCGCAAGAUCACUUGAGGAAGAACUGAGGUUGGCUGCUGAGGUUGGUCAAACUGUUUUACAGAGACAUCAGAUGACACAGAGAGAAAUGGGGGAAUUGGAGAAAAGAUUAACAGAACAGUGUGUUGCUGCUGAACAAAGAGCCCAAGAAUUGGAGGACAUUGUUCGGGAACUCAAAGAAUCUCAGCGCAAAUUAACAAGUGAGAGAGAUGACGCAACAAGGCAGAAGCAUUUGCUAGAAAAGAAAAAUGAGUCAUUGACUUCGCAGUUAGAUGAUAGAGAUGCUCAAUUGCGAGAUCUUAGUAAGGAAUUUAAAGACCGUGAAGACGACAUAAAAAGGCUCAUGACGAAUAAGUGGAAUGCGGAACGUGGUGAAGAAAGAGAAGAUGAAUUGCGGCGGCAAUUGGAGGAUCUCAAGCAGGAGUUGAAUGUUGCUAGGAAAGCAGAAAGUGCUGCCGAAGCAAGAGUAAAGAAGCUCAAAGCCAAAUAUGACACUUUACAUACUGCCCAUGAGAAGCUAAAGAAAGAAUAUCAAGAAUACCCAAUUUCGGUGCCGAAACAGAACUCUUCCGAAUUUUUCAAGCAAGGCAGUUGCAGCGACGAUGCUAAUCGGUCUUCGUUUCCAAGUCACGAGUCCAAUGCUCAUUUCGCUAAUAGAAUCAAGGAACUUUCUUCAGAAAAUAACAAAUUGAAAGAGACCAAUACCUGUUUUACAGCCAUGAUUAGAGAACUUUCUUCAGCUAACGACAAAUUGAAAGCGCAGAUUACCGAAUACAAGGAAAUGUUGACCGAGACUCGGAAUGAGGUCAGCACUUUACAGGAUAAGAUAGUAGACAUAGAGACAGCGAGUGCACACGGAUAUUCGACGUACGCCGCAAGCUAUACUACAAAUACAUCGAUUGCAUCACCAUUUGUUAGAACUCUUCCUCCACAUGUAUCGGAUGAAGUGAUCAGCGUAGGGGAGCAGUCGGAAAUAACCGCAACAGUUGUCGAUGAGAUAGCUGAAGCAAGCAAUCCACAAGACACGAUCCCACGUCCAAUUCUCACUCAAAUAUCAACUUUUCCACUCUCAUCCUCUCUUGGACCUACUACGCAUACUACGCUCAAUAGUCUCGGUGCUGAUAAUUCACUUAAUUCUCCAGCCGGUUCUGCAGCAAUUCCGGAAGUUCCGCGAGGGAGUGUGCUUGGUGAAUUAGAAAAAGAAAUAAAAGGAUCACUGAAACAGCAGCAUGCAUCAAGGAGACGCCAACACGACAGUUACAAGAGGAAUAAAGUGCCGCUAGACACGGUUAAUGACGUUGAUGAAGAGGAAAUCCUAACGGAUGAAAGCGAAUCCACAGCUGAGAAUAAAGCGGGUAGAUCUGACGAAAUUGUUUAUGAUACUGACACAUAUAGCGAGGACUCUGAUGGAGAACGAGAUGUUACUAGGGAUUCCAACGCGGAAGAAAAUACCAAGAACCGCCGCGGUAAACGUAAUUAUACUGUUGGCAAGAGCUCCUCAGCAAAACCAACAAAGGCUCAACAGAAAGCAAAGGCAAAAGAUGGUAUAUCAGCUUCACCGAAGAAGAAACAAAAAGUAAGCCCGUUGUCAACAACUCUGAAAGGGAAUAAUGUUUCCUUGUUGUCUGCAGGAUUGAAGAAAUCCACCGAAUCAGCUGCUUUGAAGAAUGACGCUGAUAAGAAGAAGAGAGUGCCUUCUAUAAACACAAAAGCAAAGGAUGAAAUGAAACCGUCUCAUCGUCGAACACCUUUAUCUCCAACAACUGGUAGUAGUCUUUCUCGACGAUCAAGUCUAGGAAAAUCUACGGGAGCAUCGACUUCAGUCUCCAAGCACAAGCCCACACAAUCAUCCCCGCUGGCUCAAAGACGAGCUGCAUCUGCUACACCCAGUUCCCUAUCAGUUAGAGUUUCACAAUCAUCAAACUCCCCAACUUCAGGCAGAUCUGCUAGGUCAUCAGCAGAACGUCUAUCUAUGCCAGCAUUCAAAAAUCCGAAGUUUGCUACGUUAGGUCCAAGAGAACGCAAAGCCAUGAUGGAAGCAUGGCGUGCUGGUGUUGCCAAAGAACACGAAGAAGACAACUUAGAUACGGCAACGAUUACGGAUGAGUGUGGCUCGACGUCACUUUCUCAGAAUGCCACACCAACUGGAGUUCCAUCAAUCAUGUUAUCUGCUCCUGCGGAAAGAAACGAUGCAAGCACCAAUAAUCGGGAUUUGGAUUCACCACAUCAUCAAAGCCCUUACCAAGCAUUGUUCAAUCUUUGUACUCACUUAAUGGAUAGACUGAAAGGAACCGAUAUUAUAGCAUUAAAUCGUAGAUUGAAGAGGGAAUUCGACAUAUUGGAAUUAUCGAGUCUAAGUAACAAUCUUAUCGAGAAUAUUUUAUCAGACGUUGAAAAUUUGCGGGAGCGUUUCAGAUGGGUUGAAGAACUGAGAAUUUCUGAAGGGGAAAAGGCAAAUGUGAAGGCGUUACAUGGUGAUCUUCAUGGAAAUAAGGACCUUUACGCGUUCUCACCUGAGGAAUUUCUACCUCUUACUCAUUUUAUGCAAGACACUUUGGGAGAGAUCGGCAAGUUGCGUAUGUUAGUGAAUGACGUACAAGUAUCAUAUUUUCAGAAAGUGGAAGAGAGUAGGCGUAAAGCAGAAGAAGAGUUUGGUAAGAGUAUUAUGAACAACAGAGACGAUAACGAGGUACGAAGCAAUCAAAAUAAGCGUCGUCAAAGAAAUGAAGGUGGGAUUAGUGGGUACUUGAGUAGAGUAUUUGGAGGAUUGAGGGAACAACCGCCGAAUACAACUCGCCAUCAUACGCGUAGGAUGUCUGUUGAGUAUUCGCAUGAGCGGGAGAUAUCAGUUGGCAGUAUUGAUACGUUCGCCGAAGAUUCAUACUUCGCCGAUCGUAAUGUGGAUGCGUAUCGUACUUCCAAUACAAGAAGAGAAAGCGUGGAUUCGGUGGGGACUAUCGUUAGGAAAAGCAUGGUGUCUUUUUUCGGGGGAGGUGGUGGCGGGAGCAACGGCAAUACGAACAUGAGUACUACAAGUACCGUUUACGAGGCGAGAGGAGAGGAAGUGGAGAAAGCCAGGAAUUCGAAAGGGUUGAAGAUGAACUUGGAGGAUACUCGAGGUGGUCGUAACAGUAGGUCGCAUAGACUAUCAAUGAGUAACUAUUGGAGAGAGAGCGGUAUGGAUAGAAGUUUAUUAUCCAGUUUUUCUAUUACACCGCCAUUACGAUCGCCAACGUUUACUGCCAUCCGAUCCUCCGAAUCCGAGACGUCCUCUUUACAGCCGGUAUUAGCUUCGCCGCCACCACCAACUAUAGAGACAGCCGCCAUUCGCAAAGCACGAACAGUAUCCAGUGCUAGCACCUUAGAGUCAAGAUUAAGACAGCAUUUAGCAGCCGGGUCUAGUAGUGCGGGUGACUCUGCUAGCGUCAAGGACGAUAGCCAGAAGGAUGAGGGUUCGGAGAGUUUCUUCGAUAAGUGGUUUGGCUAA